CUUGACUAGAAAGCUUGCAGUUAGCCGUCACAUACAGAAUCUCUUGGCUAGACGAGGGCUACUAUUUGCUCGUCACUGGUCAUUCUCAAGUUGCUCGCAAUUCACCUCACGAGCCCGCACUAUCGGAGUCAGCGUAGCAGUGCACAUUAUAGUACACUCACUGCGACUUGUCCUUGGUCUUCUUGUGACAGGCCUUGAAUGAUUAUGGCGGUCAGACUGAAACCAAGCUCAUCUCCCGAACCGCCCCAGCCCUUUUCAUGGGACACAGCGCCCAUCGACCCACCGACCCCCGACAGCGUUUCUCGCUCGCCAUCUCCGCCUACGUUAUGGCUCUCUGCUCGUGACAUGAAGAUUUUUGGCGCGGAGCCACUUAGGCCGGAGAUUGGUAUCGUAAGGUGCAGGGAGUGUAACAAGCCAGUGCUCAAGAGUGCUGUCGCUGAGCAUGCUGAUAAUUGUGCCAAGAUCCGUGCAGGUAACAAGAAACCUGCCAAAGGCAAAGCUGCUGCUGAUGCAGACACCAAGGGCAAGAAGCGAAAGGCCGAGGACGAGAUACCAAACCCGGACGAUCCCAACGCACCCAAGAAGAAGAAGCCGGCCACGAAGGUGACCAAGGGCCGCUUCAAGGGACCCGUUGACUACGACAAGCAGUGUGGCGUCAUCAACGACAAGGGUCUGCCAUGCUCGCGUUCACUUACGUGCAAGUCGCAUUCGAUGGGAGCGAAGCGUGCUGUCCAGAAUCGCACGAGGCCGUACGAUGAGCUCCUGUUAGAGUGGAACCGCCUCAACAAUCCGAAUUUCGUGGAGCCCGUGAAGAAGGAAAGCAAAGCGGAGAGAAAGGAGCGGAAGGAGAGGGAGAAGGCAGAGAAGAAGCGGCAGGCGAUGGAGGCCGCUGCAGCGGCCGGAGCAGAUGCACCCAAGAAGGGCACAAGUGGCGCGGGAUCAGGUGCGCCAGCAAAGAAGAGUAAGAAGACUGCCACCGCAGCUGCCGCUGCCGCUGCAGUGGCAGGAGCGACUGUGGGCACGACAGAUGACGGCUACGAGAACCUUGACGAACUCGACUCGGAAGCGGAAGUCGACUCGCUCGUGCAUGCGGUGCGCGCCGCACAAGACCGGGGCCUUAUUGGUGUUCCCCUUGCGGUCCCAUAUGACGCGAGCUCAUGGUUCGUUGCGCGGCGCGAACGACUUCGGAACUGCCACCAGCAUAUCAUGAGCGCGCUCGCGCCACCACAGCGAAAUUCCGUUGGUCCGGUGGCGCGGAUAUAGGGUUUCCAUCUGACGCUGGACUGUUAACAGCAUGUAACUUAUUGUCUUCAAUUGGGCUGGGAUUUACUGUACAUAUCGACAUAGCUGUAGAUAGUUUGCAAUAGACCCGGGUCCCGGGAUCAAGCUU